GUGAAGAGUACAAGCAUUACAAGCAUUGCAGUCGAUGUGAGCAAUGAUUACAUAAUAUCAACAAAAACUGCAAAUAAAGCGUUCAAAACAAAGUGGAAGUCAUUUACCAGUCAUUUAUUGAAUCAUCUGAUGUGACAUCGGAUCCAAACAUCACCACUAGAUCUAUACAUCCAUACCAUGUCCUCCAUGUGUGCGAAAUAGAAAACUCGUCACAAAACUCUUCACCAAAAUAUAACCACAAAUUAUCGUUAAAUUUUUGUUUACAAUUGAGUGGACACUCGCGAGUGAUGUCCCGACAGAUCCGUACAAAGACUCCCACCUUUCGGUUCAGCCGUAAUGACGACGAUCUGCUCGAAGAAGUGCUCGAAUCAAACGAUUACUUGAAUGACACCAAAGAGGAGAUAACGGAGUCCGCGAUCGCCGACACGACCGUUGGUUCGGUGGACACGAGUGUGGAAAGCGAUUUGAACGCCAGUCACACGAGUGGCGCGUCUGUCAGUCGUGAGCACAGGGGUGUUAGAGAGUAUAUCGCAUCCCGACUCAACACUUCCAGAGGCAAGAGUUUUGACGACGAGAGCGGCAAAGAGUCGGGCAGUACUUCCAAAUGGUAUCACGAGUUCAGAGACAAGAUUAAAGAGAAGAUCGACGAAAGGAAACGCGAGAAAGAGAGGCAAUCGAUGGGCAACGAGUCGAUGGACACAAAAUCGUCGGAAACCAAUACUCAACCAAAAGAGCGAUUAAUUAAAAAUUUAAUGAAUGAAAGUCUGGAUGAGAGCAGUGCUCACAAAAUUAACGAAAUGUCAGCCGAUUAUGUGAACGAAUCGUUUGUGUCGGCCGUUGAUUACUCUUUCACCCAAAACCACGAUUCGGAACAAACGACUGAACACAAGCCAAAGAUCGCUGAUUUGAUUGUCACCAAUGAAUCCACCGAAGAAGAAGAAGAUAACGAUUUGAAUCGCAGGAAAGAUAUGGACGAAUCGUCGCAAUCGUGGACUUAUAGCCGUAUAUUAAAUAUUGUGGCCGUUAUUAUAGCAGUGAUAGCUUUCAUUAUAACGAUGUCACUACCGGUUCCAUCAUAUCUCCAGGGAUUCCUGUUUGGAGUGGUUUUCGCAAUACUUAUAGUUUGUAUUGCAAUGGUUUAUAUAUUCAAUAAAUAUAUGGUUGUGAAGACCAGCACAAGGCGUGAGUCGACCAAAAAGGAGACCAUUGCCAGAGAUGUGUCGUCGAGUGAUGUUUCCCGCGAUGAGGAGAUACACAAGGGAUGGGUCUACGAAUCGCUCGGCAGUUAUGAAGAUAGGGAAAGCGAUUCCGGUUUUAGAGUUCAGAUGAUUUACCUCCGCCUUCAAGACUCAAAUCUGAGACUUUCAAAGCCUAAGCACGACAUUAAGAAACAGAAACUAAACUCAAACUCAUUGCCAGUAUUCAUAUCCCAACGAUUCUUUGAUUUAUCCAAAAUAAGCCACAAAAAAGUUUACCUCAUUUUGCCUAAGAGUGUCCGAAAUCAGAAGAAAUACGUGUGGAGUAAGAAAUACCCGUUGGGUCUCGAAUUAGAGGACAUUAAGACUAAAAGUAUUGUGAAAUUAGUGUUAUUUAUCCGCAACUGUCGCGAGAAAGAGGAGUGGUUCUGGAAAUUGAGACAAAAGAUACAGCAGAAUCUGUACCCAUCGGUGGGCGCGUCGGCCCCUCCGACGCCCAUCACUUCAUCGGACGUGAUAUCAGCCGAAAUCGCAAGUCUUCCGCGAACUCAUUCACUAGAUCUCGGAUCCAUACCAAGCGCUACAACAUGUUCUUCGAACUCAAACUCUCCCACAAGCCCUUCAAGAGAGCUGUUAAUCCUUUCCAAACCGUUAGACUAUAACUUAUUUAUGGAGAAACUAAUGGCUCACAAGUCAGACAACAGCGCGUCGUCUUCCCUGUCGUGGUUUAACGCACUCAUUGGUCGCAUUUGUUUCGAUAUAUUGAACGAACAGUUUUGGUCCAAUUAUAUCGCCGCCAAAAUACAGCGCAAACUGCGGCGCCUAAGGCUUCCCUAUUUCAUGGAGUCGUUAACCAUCACCGAAAUAGAUGUGGGAAACACUUUACCCAAAUUCAACGCAGUUCCCAACCCUCCCAUCGUCGACAAGAGAGGGCUUUGGGUCGACUUUGAUAUCACAUAUUCCGGCGGUUUUACAAUGACUUUGGAAACGAAACUAAAUCUUAUGAAACUUAAAGAUCAGGCGAACGGAUCCCAAGAGAUGAAGAGCUUUGCCGACAGAUCCGAAUUGGAUAUAUCGGACAACGAGAGCGACUCAAUAAUGACCAGUUCUGAUGAGGAGAUGGAGGACAAGCCGCCGGUCGAUCCGGAAGACGUGGACACAACGAAAAAGCAGCAAAAGAUUAUCAAUUUUGUCGAUAAGAUCGCUUCGUCUCAGUAUUUCCAGAAAGUGGCCGAAAAUAAGUACGUGAAGAGAGCGAUGGAAGGCGUCUCCAAGACUGCGCUUAUACUCACUGUUCAAAUACAAACACUGAACGGAACAUUAGCGAUCAACAUCCCGGAGCCGCCGACGGAUCGUCUGUGGUAUGGUUUUCGAGGCAAUCCAGAUCUAGUCCUGUCCGCCCGACCCAAGUUAGGCGAACACGAAGUCAGUAUAAGUCAUGUGACGGAUAUAAUUGAGCGAAAACUGCGCGCAGAGUUCGCCAAAGUGUUGGUUAUGCCUAAUAUGGAUGACUUGGUUAUCCCAGUGCUGAUGGCAAACAUCGAUCAAUUCAUUACUGUUGUGCCUUAAAACUCCUUUCAACUCUCUUUUCUAUACAUUGUUUUUUGUCAUUCAAUUCAAAACUGAGCUUUUUAUGAGAAAACAAAAUAUUAGUUCUAAUCGUC